AUGUUCGUACCAGUGAUAACAAUUGUCUUAAUAGUAAAUUCAGUUAACGCAUGUUCUGACACCACUGAUAGAUUUUUGGACCGGAGCCGAUUUCUGUCGAUGUUUUCAAAUAAUCAUAAGCUCAACAAUGUGUCGCUAAUUGGCACAAUCGGUUCAGUAACGUACAGACAUUUUAAGUACGGAAGAACUCAGUCUUUGAAUAUCAAACAGCAAUUGAAGCAUGGUGUUCGUGUUCUAGAUCUGGGAUUAGCUGCAAAGUCGAACCGAUUUGCUCUGCACACCGGUCCGAUUGAUUUAGGAUUGUAUUUCGAGGAUGUUAUAUCUGAUGUUGAAGAUUUCUUGGAUAGAAACCCACGUGAGUUUGUGAUUAUACUCGUCAGAGAAGAUUAUGCACCUGCGGAAGACGUCACGAUGGACAAUUGCAAAAUAAUGGAAACUUAUGUGAAGAAAUCGAAGCGGAUUGUCACCAAUUGGAAAUUGAAAAGCAUUUUCAAAAAAAUUAGGGGUAAGAUUUUGAUUGCAACGCAGUCUUAUGGCAGUGGAUUCGAUCUAUGCGCUGUUAAUUUGCACGGAAAGUGUUUGAUCCAAAAUAAAGAAUGCAAAAAAUUGAAAUCUGUUGAUGAGAUCGACUCCAAGUGGAACAGUAUUUUGAAACUGCAGAUUGCGACUUUUUAUAAAAAACGUCAAUGUUUCAUUAACAAUUUGUUUUACUAUGGAAGCAAGCACAGCGUGGAUGUUAUUGCUAAUCACGGGUACGUUAAUUCGGAUGGCGAAUAUAUUCAGCCGAUCAACAAGAGAAUGGCCAAAGAUUUUCUCAAUUCGCAUAAAGGACUGGUUAUUGUGAUCGCUAGUUUUGUGACACAAGAAUUAAUUGACAAGAUUAAUUUUAGUAACUUUGAACGAUCAGAUAAAAAAGACAUUAACAAUGUAAUGACAAUAAUUAAGGUGUAA